UAUGAAUUGUCGUACUUUUCGUAUAGUCGUCAAAGUGAAAAGAUGCAUUUUCUCUUAUAUCUGUUUGUAAAUGUUGGUCUUUUUUGCCACCAGCAUGUGGCUGCGGCUAGGAAUGAACCAGCAUGUUCAAAGUUUGACUACGAGGAAAAGCUUCUGGAGAAAAUGAUACGAAUGGAAGUUAAAAUGGAACAAAUGGUUAAUGAAAUUAAAAUUACAAAGGAUGAUGUUUUGGCAUUAACGAACGAGGUUACACAGACGGUCAAAACUGCUGAAAAUAACAUUCACGAGUUUCAUCGUAACAUCAACGAAACAAUUAACAACUUUGCUGAAAAAUUUGAACAAGAAAAGGCGAAGAUAGCUGCGUUGUCAGAGAAGGUUUUCAUUCCAAAGAUUGCAUUCAAUGCUCGUCUGUCGUCAACAGUCAAUUUAGGCGCAAACGUGAAGAUCGUGUUUGAUACCGUAUUAAUGAACGCAGGUGAAGGUUACGACAAAACGUCUGGAAUUUUCUCAGUAUCACAAGAUGGACUGUAUUUCUUCUCUGCACAUUUAU